CUUGAGUUUGUUUGUCUUCGAUUGAAUGCCACGCAUGCCAACACGAUUUGGUAGUUUGUAGAAUAAAAUAACCGUAUAUAUGCAAAGACAAUUCUAAAACCGUGUACAAUCGGCAUACGAAAACCGAAUGCAAUAAAUCGACGCGUAAGCGCGUUAAAGUGUUUAAAAAAUUGAAAUAAAAAACUUUGGUUCCCACGGGAAUGUGCACGAACGUGAAAACGUAAAAAUUUAAUAAACUGAAUUUUCAAAAAAAAAAAAAUAAUAAUAAAUUUUUUUAAACAGACACUAAUAAGUGAAAAGUUACAGUGUAACAGCAAAAAAAUAAAAAAAGUUACAAAACAACAAAACCGCCAAAAUGCACACAGUCGAGGAUAUGUUGGGCGAGAAAAACUACAGCAAGUGUCCAUUGAAGAAACGCCCGAUCAACUAUCAAUUCGAAGAGGACAGCUCCACGGACAUAGGCGACGUGAAAAUGUCCAUCGCCGAAAUUGCCGCGCACAGCAUUGACGAUCACCCAGAUCAGCCAGAAAAUUUGAGCCUCAAGAAACGCGCCUACGACCAGGAUGACUUCGCCGCCAAAACCGUCUCAAACGCACAGACCACCAUCACGCCGCAUGACGAGCUCAUUAACGUCAGCGAUUGCUGUGAGGAUGAGGGUGUCGAUGUCGAUCACACAGAUGACGAAGACGCCUCCAUGGAUAUGCUGGACGAUGAGGAUGAAGAGGAGGAAAUCAUCGACUGCGUUAAGAUUGAAGAGCAAAACGAUGCUGACGCGAAUACCACACAAGCUGCCGCUUUGGCAGCCGCUGCGGCUGUCGCAGCAGCCUCCGUUGUUGUGCCUAAGCCCACAUAUGCCAAGUAUGGCCUACAGCCAUGGAAUUUCCACAUGUCACCCUACACUGCCGAAUUCUAUCGCACUAUCAAUCACCCACACUUGGCACAACAGAUCUCACCGCUGCGCGGCGACUUGCUCUCGCCCAGCUCACCUUCAGCCGACUCGUUGGGUUCGUUAUCGCCGCCACCCCACUACCUGCAUGGUCGCGCCAAUUCAGUGUCGCCGCCUGUGCGCUCCGAAAUCAUACAUCGGCCGAUUGGCGUGCGACAACUGCCACAACAAACGCCAUCCCAGCAUCAACACCAACACCAACACCACCAGCACCGUUUCAUGCCUUACCCACUGCCCAAUGCGGCCACCGCCGCCGCCGCUGCAGCAGCAGCCGCUUAUCACUCGCAACACGCAACGCAUCAUUCGGUGGGCUAUCCGACGCCGCUGAGUUAUCCGCACCAUCACCCGCAUGCGCCGAUCUCACCCACCUACUCGGAGUCCUCGUACUACUCAAUGCGCUCAAUCACACCCGAGCCGCAUUGCUCUGCGCUGCCUGAGGAUUUGUCGCUGAAGCACAGCAUGCUGCAAAAGUCGUCGCCACAAAAAGCGCACAGCAGAAGCGAUCACCACGCCUGUGAGAAACGUGAUGCUAGCUUGGGACACAGCAGCUCAACGCCCAGCACGCCCACAUCCUCGUCAAAGAAGGACAAGUCGGCGCCGCCGCGCUAUCAAUGUCCCGACUGCCAGAAAUCCUACUCCACCUUCUCCGGCCUCACCAAGCACCAACAAUUUCAUUGUCCCGCUGCCGAAGGUAAUCAGGUGAAGAAGUCGUUCAGUUGCAAGGACUGCGAUAAGACCUACGUUUCGCUGGGUGCGCUCAAGAUGCAUAUACGCACCCAUACGCUGCCGUGCAAGUGCAACAUCUGCGGCAAGGCAUUCUCACGCCCCUGGCUGCUGCAGGGCCACAUACGCACACACACCGGCGAGAAGCCCUUCAGCUGCCAGCACUGCCAUCGCGCCUUUGCCGAUCGUUCCAAUCUGCGCGCUCAUCUGCAGACGCACUCCGACAUCAAGAAGUACUCGUGCGGUAACUGUUCGAAGACCUUCUCACGCAUGUCCCUGCUGACGAAACACUCCGAGGGCGGGUGUCCUGGUAGCAGCGUAAGCGCGGCGAAUAGUAGCGGCGGUAACAGCAGCAGCGGCAGCAGUUGUGCCAGCGCGCUGGUAGCUGAUUCGAUGGCGUCCGCGCAUGAGCUGCACAAUUAUCCAGUCUUUGUGGAGCACUAGAGUGCAGAGCGAAGAGCAGAGAAGUGUAAAUAAAGUGCAAAGCUAAGUUAGAGCUGCGCGGCCAAGCCGAGUCUGCCAUGUUCCACCAAAAAUUAGUUCCUAGUUCGAAACCACCCACCACCACCAGCCAUCCAUCAGCAAGCAAGAAAAAUUAAUAGCUCCUGCAUACGCAAGCUUCAGCGCGCACGUCUAUCAAACUACCAUUCUAAAUGAGUAGCUAACGCAGGCGCGAGCGUAUGUAGCCAACCACCUCCCCCGCCUCACUCCCAA